AUGCCUCCUCGCACUUUCAUGAACCCUGCCCCCAAGACUGAGAGCGCUCGUGAAGCCGCUAAGAACUUCUUCUGCGACCUCUGCCAGAAAGGCUACCAGCGCCACAACGAAUAUGAAACUCACAUCGGAUCGCACCAUCACCUUAGCAUGCGCCGCCUCAAGGACAUGAAGGAAAUGUCUAAGAACCCGCAAGCUGCCGAGAAGGCUCGUCGUGCUGAGCGCGCUCGCGACAAGGAAGCUGGUCUGGUCAAGCUCGACAUGAGCGCAUCCAAGCCGUCCGGUGGUGGCGGCGGCGGCGGUUUCAAGAAGGGCGGCUUCAAGAGCGCCUUCGGAUCUGCUCCUGCCACGUCCGGCGAUGCCGGUGGCAACGGUGGUGCUGGUGCUGCUCCUGCCGCCAAGAGCGGAGGUGGCGGAUUCAAGAAGGCGUUCGCUGCCGUUGAAGAAGACAAGAAGGCCAAGGCCGAGGAGCCGGAGAAGGCGGUUGGCGGAGGUGGAGCUUAUGGCAGUGGAAUUGACGUCAACGACGAGGACAAUGAGACGGAUUCGGAUGAGGACCUCGGAUACGAGGAGUACGAUCCUGCUCACCCCACGGGCUGCGACGACCCCAACUGCGACUGCCGCAACAACGUCCUUCAGCAGACCAUAUUCCCGGAGUAG